AUGCGCUUCUCAACUGCUGUCGCGCGGCCCCUGCAGCUGCUCACCCGGACGAUACAGUGGAUCAGUGCCGUCAUCGUCAUGAGCCUGACGGCGUUCCUCCUCCAUCGUGGUCCCAAGGGCCAGCAUCUCAUCUACCAGGUAGUCAUUGCUGUGCUAUCUGUCGUCUUCUUCCUGCCGGCUUUCCUCUCGCCUUUCAUGCCCGCCGCGCUGAGCAGGUUUGUGCUGGCCAUCGAUAUCAUCUUCACCUAUCUGUGGUUGACUGCCUUCAUUUUUGCCGCUCAGGACUAUAGCAAUCAAGCGUGCUUCUUCCGCGCCCCGCCCGGAGAAGGCUGUUCCCGCAAGAGGGCAAACGAGGCCUUCAUGUUUCUUGCUUUCUUCUUCACAUUAAUCGGCGCAAUCCUUGAAGUUGCUGCCCUCUUGGCCUACAAGAAGGAGAACUCGCAGCAGCGGCCGCACGAGAAGAACCGCGGCGCUGCUCGUCCGCCUAUGGAUGCGCCUGUGUCUAACCCGGCACCUGCGGGCACGGUUUAA